AGCACUUCAACACAUCCCACAGCAUCUACAUCAAACAUCACUGCUUUAACACAUUCAUCAUCAUGAUGCUCUGCCUGAAGCUCACUCUACUCACCUUGCUUAUUGCAGCACCUGGUUUGCAUGUUUCUGGAGAAACUGUGAUUACCUGUGAUGGUGAUGUCCAGCGCCUCACUUGUGACACUGGAGUGAUACUGGUCAAAAGUACUGUGUACGGCCGUUCGGAUAGCACAAUCUGCAGUAAUGCACAUCACAAUCUUAAGGUUACUGAUACCAGCUGCUACAGUACCGUUUCCACUAUUGCUGACAGAUGCAAUGGACUAAGAGAGUGUGAGGUAAAGACAGAUUUGCUUGACAGCUCUGACCCUUGCAAAAAAACCUACAAAUACUACACUACCACUUACGACUGCAUCAAUGCCCGAAAUGUUGUGGUCUGUGAGCACGGCUACCACACACUGGACUGUGGGGUGGAUACAAUUCAUAUCAUAAAUGCAAACUUUGGGCGCACUGAUUCUAUAACCUGUUCAAGUGGAAUCUCCAACAGUUUGACCCGGAAAACCAACUGCUAUGCUCCAAAUGUAUUUUCAAAAGUCACCUCACUAUGCAAUGGACAGCACAGUUGCACAGUAGAAUCUUCCACCACUAUCUUUAAAGAUUCUUGUAAAGGAACUGCUAAAUACCUCACAGUGUCCUAUACGUGCUUAAAGACACUUGUGACCUGUCAAGACAAUACUGCUGACCUAACAUGUGGUAAUCUCAAAAUCGAGAUCAGCAGCGCUAGCUAUGGCCGAACCGAUUCCACCACAUGUUCUGCAGGAAUACCUCCCGAUGGACUUUCCAACACAAUGUGCUCCACCUCUAAUGCACUAAAUAUAGUUACUAAUAGGUGUAAUGGACUGAGUAGCUGUCAGGUGCCUGCUACAAAUGAUGUAUUCUCUAAUCCCUGCGUUGGCAUCUAUAAGUACCUGACGAUCGUGUACAGCUGCGGCAGAGGUGAGAACAUUUCCUGCUGCAACCUGGCUACCUCUGUGGGACAGUUGUUAAAUAUGUGCAUGGUCGCCACAGCAGGUCAUCUCGUCCACAUAAUUUUUUAUCUGGGUUUGGGACUAGCACUGGGAGAAAACUUCAGUGGCUGGCUUGGAGAGCCUUUGUUAGAAGACCGAGGGGACUUCGAAGGACAUCUGCGUUCAAGUUACAGGAUAUACUGUACUAUACUGUAUAUAAGGGGAGCAGAGCCAGUAGUGCAGCACUUCAACACAUCCCACAGCAUCUACAUCAAACAUCACUGCUUCAACACAUUCAGCAUCAUGAUGCUCUGCCUGAAGCUCACUCUACUCACCUUGCUUAUUGCAGCACCUGGUUUGCAUGUUUCUGGAGAAACUGUGAUUACCUGUGAUGGUGAUGUCCAGCGCCUCACUUGUGACACUGGAGUGAUACUGGUCACAACUACUGUGUACGGCCGUUCGGAUAGCACAAUCUGCAGUAAUGCACCUCGCAAUCUUAAGGUUACUGAUACCAGCUGCUACAGUACCGUUUCCACUAUUGCUGACAGAUGCAAUGGACUAAGAGAGUGUGAGGUAAAGACAGAUUUGCUUGGCAGCUCUGACCCUUGCAAAGGAACCUACAAAUACUACACUACCACUUACGACUGCAUCAAUGCCCGGAAUGUUGCUGUCUGUGAGCACGGCUACCGCACACUGGACUGUGGGGUGGAUACAAUUAAUAUCAUAAAUGCAAACUUCGGGCGUGCUGAUUCUGUAACCUGUUCAAGAGGAGUCGACGACGAUUCGUCCCAUAAAACCAACUGCUAUGCUCCAAACACAUUCUCAACUGUCACCUCACUGUGCAAUGGACAGCACAAGUGCACAGUAGAGUCUUCCUCCUCAGUUUUCAAAGAUUCUUGUAAAGAAACUGCUAAAUACCUCACAGUGUCCUAUACAUGCUUAAAGACACUUGUGACCUGUGAACAGAAUACUGCUGACCUGACAUGUGGUGAUCUCAAAAUCGAGAUCAGCAGCGCUAGCUAUGGCCGAACCGAUUCCACCACAUGUUCUGCAGGACGACCUGCCAGUCAACUUUCCAACACAAUGUGCUCCACCUCUAAUGCACUAAAUAUAGUUAAAGAUAGGUGUGAUGGAGAGAGCAGCUGUCACGUGCCUGCUACAAAUGAUGUAUUCUCUGAUCCCUGCGGUGGCACCUAUAAGUACCUGAUGAUCGUGUACAGCUGCAUCUAA